GUGAUGGUCAUCCUCUUAUGCGAGAGUCUCGUAGAUUGAUUCAGGAGUACAUAUUUUCAGGUAAUAAAACCUCAUAGAUUGGUAGUACAUAUUUUCAGGUAAUAAAACCGCAUUGCUUCCGACCUCUCGGCCCCUCACCAAAAACGUCCAAAUCAUCGAAGAAACCGAUGCAGAUCGCCAGACUGGAACAGGGCGAGAAGCGGACAUAGGCUUGUAGGUCGGUGCGGCAAACUGGCAACCUUUUCUGCCCGUCUUCUUAUUCUUCUUCAGUUGUCGCUUCCUCUGUUUGCUUCUGGUUUCUGACCUCACUUUUUGAACUCUUACCUUCUUUAUUUUCUUUUUGUUCUUUCUCCUCGCUUCCUUCUUAUUACAGCCCCCCCUCUCGAUUCCACGUACUCCGAGUUCGACCAGGAAACUAUUUGAGCAUGUCCAGUGCAAAGCUAGUUGUGUCCGAGGACCCCAAACCCUUCCAUAUAGACUCCCAUCAAAUUCUAUAUUGGAAUUCCCACACCCCACCCCUAGAAGUAGAGGAUAGAGAAAUAAUGGAAGCCAAAGGAGAAGCGAGGAGUCCUGCCCCUCCUCGCCCAUCCUCCUCUUCUUCUUGUUCCUCGGAGGAGAAUGGAAUCAAAGAAGAGAUAGUAGAUCAAGGUAAGGAUGCUGGUGAUGUUGGUGAAGAUGAAGGCUAUCACACACCGACAUCUCCGAGGAAUAGAAUUCCGGAGGUUCGCAGGUGCCCGCUGGCCCCAAGGAAGCCCCCACCUUUGAUGUACGUGAAGAGGAAGGUGACGGCCAGUCAGGUUGGACAACUAGUUGAUGUACAGGGUGAGAUUGGAAAUUUCUGGAGUGCACAGCUUGCUGAUGCUGGCCCAAGGAUGAAGAAGCCUAGGAGGGAAGCUACCAAUGCCUGAUGAUGAUGAUGCUAUGGUGCAUUCAUAAGCUAUAUACAAACAUACAUGAUUAUUUUUCUUUUCUUUUCUUUUCUUUUUUCCUUUUCUGAGUUGUUUUGGGAUCCUUCAAACAUGAAUACAUAGAACAGAUUUUUUAUUAUUAUUAUUUUUUGGUUAGAGUGUGUAUUCGGCUUUGUUGGGGUAGAGAAGCACAGAACCUUGGUACAUAGAGGCAAAUUACAGCUUUCAUAGGUGAGGGAGUACCCACCAAGGAAAGUGUGUGUGGUAUUUUUCUACUUCAGGGCAGAAGCUGUUCUUUCUCCUAGUCACGAAGCUUACAUGUGUCCCUUAUUCAGAGAUAUAUUUCUUUAUUUGUUGUU